GUUACAGUCAUGUGCCACAUAACGUUUCAGUCAAUGACGGACCACAUAUACGACAGUGGUCCCCAUAAGAUUAGUGCCAUUUAGCCAAGAUGUGUAGUGGGCUUUAACAUCUAAAUUUGUGUAAGUACACUCUAUGAUGUUUGCAUGACGACAAAGUUGCCUAACGACGUAUUUCUCAGACGUAUCCCUGUCAUUAAGCGACACAUGACUGUUCUAUUUUCAUUACUUUUUAAAAUCUUUUGUAAUAUCAUAUUCACUUAUUUAUUUAUUCCACCAAUAUAUAAUAAACAUCUACUAAGUGCCAGGCACUGUGUUAGUACUGGCAAUCUAAUGUUGAGCAAAUGCAGACAUCAUCCCUGCUCGUAUGGAGUUUCCAGUGUAGAAUAAAAUUUGAGUUAUUUCUAGAUGUUCCCCCAAACUAAAGUUACUCUUUGGUUAGUGGUAUAUGGAAUACUUGUGAACUCUUACUUGGGUUACUAGAUGAUGCUUUCCCUAUCUUAGUAAUUUUGUGACCUAGUAAAAUGCCACGGCUUUUGUUGUAGCUCCCAAAGCACACAUAUUAAAAUUUCUUGUCUUUCAGUCAAAAUUUGGUAAACUUUCUAAGUUUGCUUAGUUAUCUCCAUAUGUCCUGUUACAACAUUGUACUUUUAAAGAAAGCAAGAGCCAUAUAAUAAAACUACUGCUUCAAUUAUGUUCUGCAAAGAUUUCAUCCUUCCAUUAUCUGAAUUGUUGGGAUUUUUCUUUUUUGUUUUAGAUAUCAGCUUCUCUGCACAGACUUGUUAGUUAUCUCUGUAAGAAGGAAGAAUCAUGGAAUUUUCUAGGCAUCAAAUAAUGUCAUCUGAAAUGUUGCCAGCAGUUAUUGAGACUUCUAAUGCUGAAAGAAAGCAAGACUUAAGUGAUCAAGAGGAGAGCCGGAAGCCAAGAUUAGAGGAAGGGUUGGAACCAGUAUCUAAACGACAAAUGAAGAAGCUAAUCAAACAGAAGCAGUGGGAAGAGCAACGAGAACUCCGAAAACAAAAGCGGAAGGAAAAACGCAAGAGAAAGCAAUUAGAGCGGCAAGGUCAACUGGAAUCAAACUUAGAUGGAAAUGACAGAAAACGUAUUCGAAGAGGUGUUGUUCACAGUACGCUCCGCCUUAUCAUUGACUGCAGUUUUGACAGCCUGAUGGUAUUAAAGGACAUUAAGAAGCUUCAUAAGCAGAUUCAGCGCUGUUAUGCAGAAAAUCGACGAGCACUGCAUCCUGUGCAGUUUUACUUGACAAGCCAUGGAGGCCAGUUGAAAAAGAACAUGGAUGAAAAUGACAAAGGAUGGGUCAACUGGAAGGAUAUCCACAUCAAACCAGAUCAUUAUAGUGAAUUCAUAAAGAAAGAAGACCUGAUUUAUCUUACAUCAGACUCACCUAAUGUACUGAAGGAAUUAGAUGAAUCAAAGGCCUAUGUGAUUGGAGGAUUGGUAGAUCACAACCAUCACAAGGGACUCACCUAUAAGGAAGCAUCAAAUCAUGGAAUUGAUCAUGCACAGCUUCCCCUUGGAAAUUUUGUGAAGAUGAAUAGUAGAAAAGUUUUGGCAGUUAAUCAUGUGUUUGAAAUUAUUCUGGAAUACCUGGAAACAAGAGACUGGCAAGAAGCAUUUUUUACUAUCUUACCCCAACGGAAAGGAGCUGUUCCCACAGACAAAGCCUGUGAAAGUUCUUCAUGUGACAAGAAAUCCGCCAGAGCUGAAGGUGGAUUGGACAGUGAUUCCAGUGAGGAGGAAGAUAGCAGAAAUGAACUAGAUUCACCACGUGAGGAAGAAAAACAGGAUGAAGAAAACAGCACUGAAUCUGUAGUCAGCUCUGUACCACACUAAUGUCAUCUGGGUUUUUUUUUUUUUUUUUUUCUUUCAAUUUAGGGAAAAAUUAGGAGAAAAUGAGGUGCUUUAUAGAAUAUUGGAAUUGGAAGAAAAUUUCAUUUUCUCUUAUUUCUGCUGUGAAUUUUUAAAACUU